CCAUGGCGGCGGCUUUAGCUCGGCUGGGACUGCGGCCGGUCAAGCUGGUUCGAGUUCAGUUCUGCCCGUUUGAGAAGAACGUGGAAUCGACAAGGACCUUUCUCCAGGCGGUGAGCAGCGAGAAGGUCCAUGCCACAAACCUCAACUGCUCGGUGAUCGCCGACGUGAGGCGCGACGGCUCCGAGCCCUGCGUGGACGUGGUAUUCGGAGACGGGUAUCGCCUGAUUAUGCGCGGCGCCCACCUCACUGCUCAAGAAAUGUUCACUGCCUUCGCCUCCCACAUUCGGGCCAGGAAGGCAACGGCAGCAUCCGCACCCAGCACAGACAAGCCGGGGUCAGUUAAGCCGGGGUCAGUUACUGGUACCCGGCGCUGACAUUGCAGAAGAGGACGACUACCGAAUGUUAACUUGGAACUAGAGACAGUUGUCUAAGAAGAGCUGGCCUUAAUCAUUUUAAAGCCUCCAUGGACGUCACGAAACAGACUGACAGUGUGCAAGGAACCCUGA